AAUUAAUGUUUGAUUUGUUAAAUAUAUAUAACUUUUGUAGUCAUUUAUAAUAAAAAUGUUUGCAAUUUAUAGUUGAAAUAUAUUCACAUUUUAUAAUUUCAUUACUUUUGAUUCAAAUGAUAGCCAAUUAAGUUUUGAUUACUUUGUUUAUUAUCACAACUUUGGUCCCAAUAAUUAAUGGCCACAAAUGAAAUUGACGAUCAAAUGACGGCAUCGUCGGCCUCAUCAUUGGGUUACACGUCAUUAUCAUCGACGACAGACAGUCUACCAUUGAAUGAAUGUGUGUCCGAAGCGGCCAUAUAUUCAAUAUGUGGUGUCUGUGCCAUGUCUUUCCAUCACUUGUUUCCCUAUCAAUGGGAUCGAUCAUUUUGUGAGACAACUAUGUCUGAAUUGAUAAGACAUUUAGCACUUCCAUCACAAGUUCAAAAUGCGAUGAAAGCUCUGAUGGAUGGAGAAGGAGGAGAUGUCAGUGCUUUCAUUGCGCUCAUCAAAGAAGAGUCUAAUUUCAAGUCUUCCUGUGUCCGAGUCGUUGAAGAGUUGGUUAUGUUUGCCGUCAAAGAAGGAUGGAUUAAAAGAGGCGUAUAUGACGCACGACUUCGGGUUUUGAUUUUGCAUAUCUCUCAACUAUUAGGAGUUCCCAUACCUAUUGUCGAACUCUACGAAGAAUCAGUCAUUGAAAUGCUUUCCGAAUACAUUCCUCAACAAAAUGAUGAAGAAAUUAAAAUAAAGCGAAAAAGGGAACGAAAUAAAAAAAUUAAGAGAUAUGUUAUGAUUGGUUUGGCCAGUGUUGGUGGCGGUGCUAUCAUUGGAUUAACUGGUGGUUUGGCCGCACCAUUUGUAGCUGCCGGUGCUGGUGCUAUAAUAGGUACAGCCGGUGCUGCUGUAUUGGGUUCGUCAGCUGGAAUAGCAGUAAUCGGUUCAUUGUUUGGUGUGGCCGGUGCUGGGCUUACGGGUUAUAAAAUGAAAAAAAGAGUGGGAGAUAUUGAAGAAUUUGCUUUCGACACAUUAACUGCUGGUCGAGAAUUACAUCUUACGAUUGCAAUAUCUGGUUGGGUAUCACAAGAAGGUGCCCAAGCAUUUAAAGAGCCGUGGCUUUCAUUAUUGAAUUCUAGGGAACAGUAUUGCAUACGAUAUGAAUCGGCAUAUUUACUAGAAUUAGGACGAGCUAUGGAUUAUUUUCUUAGUUUUGCCGUUAGUAUGGCUGCACAGGAAGCUCUAAAAUACACUAUUUUAAGUGGACUUAUAGCUGCUAUUGCAUGGCCAGCAACAUUGGUAACUGUGUCGGGUGCUAUUGAUAAUCCAUGGGGUGUAUGCAUUAGAAGAUCUGCAGAAGUAGGCAAACAUUUGGCUGAAAUAUUGAUUGCAAGACAACAGGGAAGACGUCCGGUUACUUUAAUUGGGUUUAGUUUAGGCGCUCGAGUUGUUUACUAUUGUUUACAAGAAAUGGCUCAAAGAAAAGGUUGUGAAGGUAUCAUUGAGGACGUGGUGUUAUUGGGAGCACCAGUUCCAGCGUCAUGUGAUCAAUGGAAAGCAUUUGGACGUAUUGUUAGCGGAAGAAUAAUUAAUGGUUAUUGUCGAGGAGAUUGGCUCUUAAAGUUUUUAUACAGAACUUCUUCGGCAACUUUAAGAAUAGCAGGACUUCAGGCCAUUGAUUGGAACGACCGAAAAAUGACAAACGUUGACCUCAGCCAUAUUGUGACGGGACAUAUGGAUUACGUACGCAAAAUGAAACAAGUCUUGGAAGAGAUCGGCGUUCGUACCGUUGAAGAGCCAAAUGUGACGACAAACGAGUGUUUUAUGAGAAGAACUCAUUCAGACAUAACACAAAUGACUCAAAAAUUGGAUGCAAUGAUUGUCUCCUCGAAAUCCGAUUCCAAUUUAGGUCGUCGUUAUUCCGAUCCGUUAGUCGUCUGCCAAUUGAAUGCUUUAUCGAAACAGUCAGCAAACAUAUCACGAAGAUCUUCUUCACUCGAGAGUAUUCUUAGCAAAGUUAGCCGUAAUUCAAUUGGUAUGACCUGUAGUUCACCGACCACUACAAGCCCUGAGUUAAUUAAAAACUCAAUCUAUAGAAAAUCAACUGAUUUUCUUAAUGUUCCGCAAUAAUGGUUGUGAUUGUUGUGAUUAUUGGGUAAAAUGAAUCAAAAUAAUUAAAUGUAUCUAAACUUAUCAAAAUAAUCAUUA